AUGUUUACAAUUAUACCAUCACUUUAUCUUGUUGCUGUCCAUUAUUUUCGACAAUGGAAUGCACCUUAUUAUUAUGAAGAAAAUAAUGAAGAAGAAAAGAAGACAUUUGAUAAUGAUACUAUUAAUGAAAAUAAUUUAAUGAAAACAUCAAACAACAUACAAUCAAUAGAAUCGAUACCCAUAUGUGAUAAUAAUCUUCUUCUUCAACAUGAUAAGGAAUUAUUGAUAACUAAGAAACGAUCUUCUCGUUCAAGCAUUGGUGAAAUAAAUGGAUACAUACCAAAAGUCAAUAAUGACGAGGAUAAUCAACUACACAAAGUCAAAUUACGUAUAAAAAAACCUAUUCGAUCCUCGUCAUUGUUAAAUGCCGAACGGCAAAAGACCUAUACAAAUGCCCUUAGUGAAGAUGAUAUUAUGCAUUUAGUGAACGAGACAGGAUUUACUCGAGAACAAAUAUUAUUAUGGCAUAGCGAUUUUCUUCGUGAUUGUCCAGAUGGAAGACUUUCUAAAUUGAAAUUUAUUGAUAUUUAUAAACAAUUUUAUAAGAAAGGUCAAGUGGCAAAAUUUUGCGAACAUGCCUUUCGUGUAUUUGAUAAAGAUGGUUCUGGUUAUAUUGAUUUUGUUGAAUUUCUUAUUGCUGUUAGUAUGACAUCAACGAAAGAUCCUGUACGAAAAACUGAAUUAUUCUUUUCUAUGUAUGAUAUUGAUCAGAAUGGUCUCAUUGAUGAAAAUGAAAUGCGAUGCGUCGUUGAGUCAAUCUAUGAAUUAAUGGGUCUCGAUGUAACGGAUUCGACAAGAAUUGAUAUGAAAGUUCAAGAAAUAUUUGCUAAAGCUGAAUGUGAUCAAUCGGGAUACUUAACAAAAGAUCAAUUUGCAUUGGCUUGUAAAAACGACCGACACAUUCGUAAACUUUUAGUACCGAAUACUAAAGCACCAAAUAAUCGGUGA